AUGAAGGACUGUGGUGGAAUUGGACAAGAGGAUGACUUGUUCGAUGGGCAGGGUGAGUUCUGCUCGGGGGACAGUGGCAAGCUGAGCCCCAACAAGACAUCUGUCCAGCAGGCUCUGAGGCUGAACAGGGUCAUCCCAACCUAUCCCUUCAUUCCACAGGUCCUGGACAAGUACCUUGGCUCAGAGGAGAAGAGUGAGGAGGUGAAGAUUGUGGUGGUGGACCCACAGGCCAUGGUUCCUCUCCCAGGGGUCACACAGAUCCAGGGGGACAUCAUAAAGAUAACAGGGGAACGAGUUCAUGUGCAUUUUGAAGGACAGCCUGCAGACCUGGUAAUGUUUGAUGGAGCACCAGACGUGACCCGACUCCAUGAUGUGGAUGAGUACGUCCAGGCUCAGCUCAUAUUUGCUGCGCUAAACAUGACAAAACCUGUACUGAAUCCUGAAGGAACGUUUGUUGCAAAGAUAUUCCGUGGAAAAUAUGUCACCCUCCUGAAGUCCCAGCUUACGAUCUUCUUUAACGUUGUGACCUGAGACCAGGGACCCAACUGAAUCAUAGUUCCUUUCCUCACCUGUGGGAACCUGAGUGCCUUUGAGUUGGACCGGACUUACCAUCUCCAAAUCAAA